UGAUCUUCAAACUACGAUACUCUCUUGUUCACGAUCUAUGAGGGAAAGCUUCCAAGUUGCAAGCAGAAAGACAUUCUCUAUAAACAAUUGCUAUCUAGUGGUGGUCACCGGCUAAAGAAAACUGCUUUCACCACCAAUACGUUGAUAUAUGACAUAUAUCGAUUUUGUCAUUUUCUCAAAGCCAUUUCCCAGUUUCAACCACCAUAUCAGGCUAUGAUGGCUGCUGGAGCCUUCGGUCAAUAUAUUGAUAUUCAAAUCCAGGAUGACUUGAACUGUGAUAUCACGAUUAAAAACGCGCACAUUUCCAGUGGCCAGUUCUACACGCACGGUGUUCGACGCGAUGUUGUGUCGCCGAGCGAUGUCGAUGACCUGACCAUUCGCCAUAAUGGUGGCAGAAGGAAUAUAUAUGCAUGUGGCGAAUUGGGUUCUAUCUCAGAAACUCGAGGAAUGUUUGAUCUUUACGACGAUAAAAGAGCUACCCGAAUCUGCACCUUAUACUGGAGUGCAUCUGUGGAACCUGAAAGACGCAAUGAAAUUUUGAAAUUCAAUCAUGAUGUCAGAUAUGAUGUUGGUAUUGGUAAUUGGAAUGAAUCUGGUACUAUGGGUAUGAUUCAAGUAACCAUCACGGAGCAGGCUUGAAGUUGGUACCUGUGAAGCUACUUCAAUUGGCUGGUGAUUUCGACGAA